ACGUGGUAAACGGGCCAACCGGAAAGUGGUCGGAUUUUUCGGUCAUUUCCUCUCGUUCGGUUCGUCGUCGUGUUUUAAAUUGAUUUCCGUGGUCCGGGGAGACAAGGAAACAUUUUACUACCUCUUAUGUCGAAAUAAUAACCGAUUUUACUGACGGAGUUUCCUGUCGCAGCGGAGGAGAGACUUGUUUAGCCCGGGACAGGAUCCUAAUCAGACUGCAGAAGCCAUGAGGUGACAACUGUGACAUCUUGUAUUUUUGCUGACGUGGACUUAUGGCAAGGAUCACUUUUUCCUGCCUGCCGGCCUCUUGGUACUGCAGCGUGUCCCUGCUGUCUCUGGGCUGUGCUCCCAGACAGAGGCUGCUGCUGCUGCUGCUGCUCUUCAUCACCUCCGUUCUCUUCUUCCUUGGGACCUACCAGAGGCAGCUGUGGGGCCCCCAGCGACAGCCAGGGGCCCAUGUCAACAAGUACCUCUCCAUCGCAGAGUCCAUGGAGGCCACUGAUGUCCUCAACCCUGCACUGAAUUAUGGCAUCGUGGUGGACUGUGGCAGCAGCGGCUCUCGGGUCUUUGUGUACUACUGGCCCCCCCACAACGGGAACCCCCACACCCUGCUGGACAUCCGACAGAUGAAGGACCACGACCACAAACCUGUCGUCAAGAAGAUCAAACCUGGUAUCUCCACUCUGGCGAAGACGCCAACAAAGGCCAGCGACUACCUCCACCCUCUGCUCAGCUUCGCCGCCGCUCACGUCCCAAAGAAUAAACACAAGGAGACGCCGCUCUACAUCCUCUGUACUGCUGGCAUGAGGCUGCUGCCAGAGAGCCAGCAGGCGGCUAUCUUGGAAGACCUGGUGACUGAUGUUCCCCUGGAGUUUGAUUUCCUGUUUUCCAGUUCACAUGCUGAGGUCAUCUCUGGGAAACAGGAGGGCGUGUAUGCAUGGAUUGGCAUUAACUUUGUUCUGGGUCGCUUUGAUCACGCUGAUGAGGAGGACGCCACAGUCGAAGUGACAACUGGGUCUCAGAACCAACGGCCAAUCAGCAGGCGGCGCACAGUGGGCAUCAUGGAUAUGGGUGGUGCUUCACUGCAGAUUGCCUACGAGGUGCCCAGUGCCAUCACCUUCAACUCACCACAAGAGGAGGAGGCCGGGAAGAGUGUUCUCGCAGAGUUUAACCUGGGCUGUGAUGUUGAGCACACGCAGCACGUGUACAGAGUCUACGUCACCACGUUCCUCGGCUUCGGAGGAAACAUGGCCAGGCAGCGCUACGAGGAUCAGCUGGUCAACAAGACACUCAGCAAGAACAGGUUUCUUACGACACAGACAGGCCUGAGUGAGGACAAACCAUACUUGGACCCGUGUCUGCCGCUCGGCCUGUCAGACACAGUCGUCAGGGACAACCGCACCUUGUAUCUGAGGGGUCAGGGGGACUGGGCUCGAUGUCAGGAGGCUGUACAACCCUUCCUCGGCCUCCACAACGGCACCAUGUCCCCAGGGGGAGUUUAUCAGGCUCCCAUCAACUUCAGCAACAGCGAGUUCUAUGGCUUUUCAGAGUUUUAUUACUGUAUGGAGGAUGUGUUGAGGAUAGGAGGACAGUACAACAGCGAGAAAUAUUCCCGAGCUGCUACGGACUACUGCUCCACCAAGUGGUCAACCCUGAAACAGCGUCUGGACAACCAGCUUUUCGCUCAGCAGGCCGACAUUAGCAGACUCAAGUAUCAGUGCUUCAAAUCAGCCUGGAUGUACGAGGUGUUGCACUCUGGUUUCCGUUUCCCCACUGACUACCCGAGUCUGAGAACAGCCCAGCUGGUUUAUGACAAGGAGGUCCAGUGGACUCUGGGAGCCAUCCUUUUCAAAACCCGCUUCCUGCCUCUCAGGGACCUGCAGCAGGAAACGUUGCGGCAGAGCCACUCCAGCUGGCUGCGCCCCUCCUUCGUCUACAACCACCACCUGUUCUCGCUCUGCAUCCUGGUGGUGGUGCUGGCCAUCCUGCUCUACAUCCUGCGCCUACGGAGGAUCCACCAGCGGGAGCUGCGGCAGGCCGAGGCCUUGGACCUCCUGUGGGUGGAGGAGGGAGAGGCCCUCCUCCCCUGAGGAAUACGUCUUGUGACGGGAGGAUCCAGCCCUGCAGGAUCUUUUUACUCCAUGACAUGUGUGACUUGCUGUAACCACAAAUCUAAAACUUAGAAUGUGAGUAUGGAGGAUGGUUAAUAAGGAUCCUGAGAAUUACUCACCAGCCAAGGGCAUAUUCGAAGAGGCAAGAUUUUAUUGCAGGGAAAAACAUCACAGCACAGAGACUGUUUAAUGAGCCUGGAAAUCAAACUCGUCUGUAUAUACUUUGAUCGUGCAGCUUUAAACACAGAGCCCAUCUCAGAUUGGAAAGAUGUUCUCUGGGUUUCACUUUCUUCUUUCAAGACAAUUUUGGAUGAAAGAAUCACCUCUGCAUUACAGGAUCAAGUGCUACCCAUUUCUUCUUAGAUCUAGUUUCUAGUUUCAUGGCAGUGAAUCUGGAUUCUGUGUCUUGAUAAACAUCUUUACUGUAUAAUAAUCCCGGGCAGAGGAUUCAGGAUAGGAAUAUGGGUUUGUUGAGGACUUUGAAGGUCAUUCAGCAUCCAUUCUGUACGAGUUAUCUGAAGGCAUAUAGGACAGAAAAAGCUAAUUAUCCACAUGUGACCCGGUCAGGAUUCAGAUUUUUGCAGUGGUCUGAAACAAACCCAGUCAGCCUCAGCUGUGCUAUGAGAUUGAGGCUACCAUAGCUUGUUUCCAUGCUGUGUUCAUGUCAGAUUGGAUCUUCAGGUAACUUCAUUUCAGUCAGCACACUCACACUUUAACUCCUUAUUGCAACUAUAUGCAUUUUAGUUUAACAGUGUGGCUCUGGAGCAAAUCUGAGUGAGUUCAUAAAACCUAAACAUGACAGAGCCUGAGACACACAACGUUUUUCUUUCUUUUUUUUCUUUUUUUUAAAACAUGAAUACACAUUAAAAAUAUUCAGAAUUCACAUGCAACUAAAUGCUAAUGCAAGAGGAGGCUGGGGAGAUGAAGGGAGUUAAUAUUCAGAGAAAAGCAGCGCGGAUGCAGGGCGUCGUGUGCAGACUGACUGAGUUUAUAUAGAUCAGAUGUUGUGAGACAUAUGUAACAGUUGUUAGCUCCAGUAUCACAUGAACACAGCAGCACAUAGCCUGCAAAAUAUUAGCAUGCUCGUUUUAGCAUGUUAGCUUGGUGGUGUGACUGAAACAGCAGUGUAACAGGACUGUUUGCAUGUUACCGUGCUCAUGCUAAUGUUAUCAUUCACAUCAAACAGCUGAGUUGAAAAAGCUGAGCCAACCCUGACAGCCUCCUUGAUUUCUACAACAAACCUUUUUCCUCUGGCACCAUGCUGAAGCUAAACUUGACAGUUUUGCCCCUCAAGUGCUGAGAAUCUUAAAAUAGUCUGUUAUUGUGGCUGUGAGAGUAGGGAAACAUCUGCAGACAAAGAAAGCAAAGAUGAAGAAGCUGUCGCCGAUUUUUGUUUCACCCAAAAACCUUUGUGCAACAGCAUCAACAAAAAACCUGCUCUUACCAUCAUCUCACAGCCGAAACAUUCACACCCCCACAACUGAUUUAGCAUUGCUCCUCAGUGAGGUGAUACCACAGCGGGCGAUCGUUGUGAGUGCAGCAGCACUCUUCUACCAUCAGGGAUAGUGUUUCAUCUGCACCUCUGUCCGUCCCGAUGGGAUGAUUUCCUCGAAAGCAAUCCUGCAGACCAAUGAUGUCAGCUGCACAGCUCUGGCCUCAGAUUGUGCUUUGAUACUUGAAUGCCACUGUUGUCCUGCCAAGACCCCCAUCCAGCCCAGAUUUUUAUCAGAGCAAAGACAGAGCCAAGAGGCAUUUUAGCUGUAAUAUGCUGAGAGAUCUGCUCAGCGUCUGGAUGAAGGCGCUGAAAACAGACGACGACCCUGGAGGCCUGAUUUAAGCAAAUGCCGCCUGAUUUCUAAAUGCAGUGACUCCACAAAAGGGAAGAAUCUGGUCUUAUCCCUGGGGCCAGGAUGGAUGCUGGGGCACAGCAGAAAAAAUCUCAAUAUGUGCUGAACAUUUAAAAAUAAACUACUUUAAAGCCAUUUUCAAGGAAAAAAGCCUUAUUCUGAGAGAAAAGGGUUUAUUUUAUUGUUUUUACUGUAGCUGUAAAUGAAGCCACUGUUGUGCUCGUUUAGUUUUUUUCAGUGAGUCUUGGCAUCAUGUUGUGUGCUGAUGGACUGAUACAGCUGUGUAACAACCAUGACGAUGCAAAUAUGUGUCUGAGUAGCACCUGCUGAAACUUCCUGAGAAGUGAAAUAAUGUGUCGAUCCCACAGUGGGAGAUUUGUUUUAUGUCCAAAGUGAUGAUUUGUAAUUAAUUUUAUGGAUUUUUUAAAUCAGAGGGACGGGACAUGAUUCAUCAAAUUAAAAGAUGAUGACUCUAUUGUUUGAAAAGAAGCUGUUUUCUAACCUGUACUGUGCGAAUGUUUGCUUGUUCAAAGUGGAGCUGUUCGAGAGCUUAACUGUGAUUCCGCUUGUGCUAAAUAUGUUCUCUACACACUCGCUCUCCUUUCUCUUCUGUUCGUCCUGACACAGAUGAGUUCUGAUGCGACCUUGUCAAACUGUCAGUGUGAGUUUCUAACCUUCGUCUUCAUCUGUACUUCAAUAGCACUUCUCCACUCUCAGUUCCUGAACCAGUAAUCCUCUGACACAGCAGCCAAAAGUCUGAAAUCUGAGCUCUGACAGAGUCAUUUCUUUUUUUUUUUUAUUUCUGACGUCCUCGUUUACCUCGCGAUUGUCAAAAUGAAUCAAAAACCUAAGACCUCUUCCUUCAUCGUGAUGUGGAUCGUAGGAUUUCUGCUGCUCUGAUGUUUUGACUCCUGAUCAGUCGUUGAGUGUCUUUCCAGAGCUGGGCAUUGUGCAAUGUUAAACAGUAAAUCACUGAGGGGAACACUUGACUUUGAUGUUUGUGAUUAAGGUACCUUUAACAUCAAUGUGAAUAGAAACAGUUCCAAUCCAAUAAAGGAUCAUUUUGUAAUGAA